CUAACGCGGGUUUCCUGUUUUGCUCAUGACACUUCUGGAUGCCAUGCCCCAAAGUGAAAAGCAGGUGCUGAGUUUGAAUGCGGGAAGAGCGAUGACUGAAACAACUGUUUGUGUUGGCUCAUUUGUGGCUAUGAAAGACCUGUGGGAAGUCAGAAUCCAGAAAAUUACCGAAGAGCUUCGGAAGCAAAAAGAAUUCAGUCAGAAGGCUGCUGGGAGACUGACAAUUAUUUGGGAAGAGAGGGCCAGUUUGGCCAAGCUGAAAAGCAAAGUAAUCAAUGAAGAUGGAAGAGCUGUUUUAAGGAUCGAGCAAGAAGAAUGGCAGACUCUACCUUCUUGCUUACUGAAACUGAAUUACGUGCAGGAAUGGCAACUUCACAGAACUAAUUUGACCAAAAUCCCUCACUGCGUUGGUCGCUUUCAGAAUCUCAUCGUCCUAGAUCUAUCUCGAAAUUCCAUUGCAGAAAUUCCUAGGGAGAUUGGUCAAUUGUCAAAUCUUCAGGAGUUGAUCCUCAGUUAUAAUAAAAUUAAGUUGGUCCCUAAAGAAUUAGGCAACUGCGUUGGCUUAGAAAGAUUGGAACUGGCCGUAAACAGAGACAUCUGUGACCUUCCUCAUCAGCUGAGCAACUUGAAGAAGCUUUCUCACCUAGACCUGAGCAUGAACCGGUUUACUACUCUCCCGCUAGUUAUCCUAGAUAUGCCUAACUUGGAGUGGCUAGAUAUGGCAAGCAACCGGCUGAAAGAAAUCCCCGGCAAUAUUGACAAAGCAGAAAACUUACAUACUUUGUGGCUCCAAAGGAAUGAAAUAACCUGUUUGCCUGAAUCCAUUUCCAAUCUUAAGAACAUGACUACCCUUGUUCUCACCAGCAACAAACUGCAAGAUAUUCCUAUUUGUCUGAAGGACAUGCUAAACCUAAGAUUUGUCAACUUUAGAGAUAACCCAUUAAAGCUGCAAGUUAUACUUCCUCCUUGCGAGAAUCCCGAAGAAGAAGAGGAACAAGAACUCUAUGGAAUUCAGUUCAUGCAUUUAUAUAUUCAGAAGUCACUCAAUGGUGAAGGUACUGUUUGUUUAUGGUUUUACACACACACACACACUCAGAGAAGAGAGUGCCCUAUUUUUCAAGAGCUGAAUUUGCACAUAACAUUAAACCAGCUUUUAAUGAUGGUUUGUUAGACAAGCAAUAGUGGCCUUGAGGAUAGAAAGCAUGAAGCCAAACUAGAUAGUUUCAUAGUAAACAAUAACAACCAAACUUUUUCUGUUUUAAAAAGUUUGAAUCAGAGAAAUGUGGCGUACAAUACAUUUAAGAAUUGUUAAAGGAAACUAGAAUUUACUUGACAUUGUGGCAUUUUAUAGUGUUUAAAAGUCGAGAUCCAAAAUAUUAAAUGCACCCAGUCCUACCGUGAACAUUAAAUAAUUCUGAUACAUGAAGUAGAACCCUAAUGCUACUUACUUUAGCACUAGAAUGCAUGAUUUUAAUGUUAUAUGAGCCACAUUGCAAUGGUGCAAUGAACAGAUCUUUGAAACAUCCUGGUUUAUAUGAGAUCACAGAACUCUUGAGAGAUUAAUUCUUUCCUGUUGUGCUAUGGAACUAGAGAAAAGAACCUCUCUUCAAGAGAACUGCGGGGGCAGAGUGCAAAAAGAGCAUAAGAAAUCCCACCUGCUGGUACAGAACCAUUAAGUACUGUGAAAAACAUCAUUCUGGCCCACAGUGGGUUCAUAGGUCAGUUUAGAUACCUUAAUCUUUUGUAAAAAUAUAAAUUAAAAGACUUUUGAAAACUUCAUAUAUACUGGAAAAAAUAACUUUUUAAAAAGUUGGUAUAUUUCUGAAAAAUGUAUAUUUCUUGGCAAACAUUACAUUUUUCUUUCAGAAAAUAUGGGAAGUGAUAUUCCAGUUGCUGCUGACACCACU